CCUCCGUCAGACGAAGGCAUGGCGAGCACAGAGGAGCUUAAAGAGUGUGAGACGGAAGGCUGCGACAAGGACGCCAAACUUCAGUGCCCCACGUGUAUUAAGCUUGGCAUUCAAGGCUCCUAUUUCUGCUCACAGAUGAGUAUAGAAAAAUAUUUUCAACGGCCGAAAAGGGCUGGACUUGGAGAGGAGGUAGGCCUACAGUCCGGACCACAGGUGCGACCUGUUCAGCAGCAGUAGGAGGAGGUUGACUGACUGUGGCAGGACACCUCUGCCUCUGUUUCACUUCAUGUUGCUGGAAUGUUUCAAAGGAAGCUGGGUUUCUCACAAGUUGCUUCACAAAAAAGCAAAAGAAGAAAAGAACCAGAAUGCGCCUAAGAACUGUGUGGAGAAAGACGUCAGCACCGACCCAUGGCCUGGCUACCGCUUCACAGGAAAACUUCGUCCUCACUACCCACUCACACCUUUGCGGCCUGUACCCAGUGACAUCCAAAGACCUGACUAUGCUGAUCAUCCCAGAGGGAUGUCUGAAUCAGAGCAGUUUCUAAAAGGAACAUCACAAAUCAAGAUCCUCUCUCCUGAGGACAUCGAGUGCAUGAGAGUGGUAUGCAAGCUGGCAAGAGAAGUCCUCGAUAUUGCAGCUCUAAUGGUGAAACCAGGUGUUACAACAGAAGAAAUUGACCACGCAGUACAUCUGGCUUGUACAGCAAGGCACUGCUACCCUUCUCCUCUAAACUACUACAACUUCCCCAAAUCCUGCUGCACGUCUGUCAAUGAAGUAAUCUGCCAUGGAAUCCCAGACCGAAGACCACUACAAGAUGGCGAUAUCCUUAAUGUGGACAUCACUGUCUACCACAACGGAUUCCAUGGUGACCUCAAUGAGACCUUCUACAUUGGAGAGGUGGAUGAAGGCUCAAAGAAACUGGUUCAGACGACCUAUGAAUGCCUUAUGCAAGCUAUAGAUUCUGUGAAGCCUGGUAUUCGCUACAGAGAGCUUGGUAACAUCAUCCAGAAGCACGCUCAGGCAAGCGGUUUCUCUGUGGUGCGAAGCUACUGCGGCCAUGGCAUCCACAGGCUUUUCCACACUGCUCCGAAUGUGCCACAUUAUGCCAAAAACAAAGCAGUUGGUGUUAUGAAGCCUGGCCAUGUGUUCACUAUUGAACCAAUGAUAUGCGAAGGUGGCUGGCAAGAUGACACUUGGCCUGAUGGCUGGACGGCGGUGACCAGAGACGGAAAGCGUUCGGCCCAGUUUGAACACACCCUGCUGGUGACGGACACGGGUUGUGAGAUCCUCACCCGCCGCCUGGAGGACAACGGUCAGGCUCAUUUUCUGAGUCAAGUGUAGGCUGGACUGGACCUGGCGAACCCAUGUGACGUCCAGCAAGUGCGUAUCUCGUACACACCAGUACAUCGUCAGAUGAGAUACCGUGCUCCUGGAGUUCAGUGUCACUGUGCCUGUUGUUGUUUCAAUUAAAUAUCAGUCCUUAAAUUAAAUGGAAGUACUUGAAUGUGUCAAAUGUAGAUUGGUUUAUUAGUGAAACGUGUUAUUUCUCUCAAAGAAUUAUUAAAAUAUUUAUAAAAAGAGCAAUGUGAAUCCUAAGAAGGUAUGUUUGUUUUUUCACAAGCCUCGGUCUCUGACUUGGACCGGAAGUAAGCAGACAUGAAUGAGCAUAGUUGUAAAUGGCCAGCAGGUGGUGCAGUCGCACAUUACUUGAACAUAGUCUAGCAGCAUACAACAUUAAUAAGAACUCUUGUGGAAAAAUAAAGUGAAAUGAUGGUGAUAUGCUGCAGACCAAGUGGAACACAUUUGAUUUGAUCUGAAAUACCACAAAUUACUGUUACAUUUGGCACGCAUGAAAAAGAUCAUUUAAAAACUAAAUUAUUUGUUCUGUAACAAUGUACGCUAUGCAGAAUUGAACAAAAGCUAUUGAUAUAUACUAAACAAAAAUAAAUGCAACACUUGUUUUGCUCCCAUUUUUCAUGAGUUGAACUCCAAGAUCUCCAACUUGUGCUCUGUACACAAAAGACCUAUUCCUCAAAUAUUGUUCACAAGUCUUAAGUCUGUUUGUGAGCACCUAUUUGCCAAGAUAAUGCACCUCACAGGUGUGGCAUAUCAAGAUGCUGAUUAAACAACAUGAUUAUUGCACAGCUGUGUCUUAGGCUGCCCACAAUAAAAGGCCACUCUGAAA